CAAACACACACUGGAUGUAGAAAAUUGGGUAAAUUUUCAUGUAUUGUUCAGCAGUGCAACGGCCCAAGAUGAGCGCAAGCCGUUUCCGACAGCAGACAGAGGCGAGGGUGCAGGAAGCGCUGCAGCAGCUGGCGCAGCGUGUGUGCGAGCAGGAGCUUACUGCAGACCUGAGGAGGGACGACGCAGCUGAUCCCGAUGCUGAUGCAGGCCACGCUGCAGCCAUUGGCCAGCGCAGAGUGCUGGCUCGCGCACUGGUGCGCCACGUAUCGCCAAACACCAAGCGCAUGCUGGCGCAGCACAGCUUCCUCGACGUCAACGAACAGUACGUCGAGCGAAGAUACGCCGCGGUGGCAGAGAAGUUCUGGAUCAACGGGCACAUGCAACUGGCAUCCCAGCUGCAAGCAUCGGUAGCCAACUUCCUGUCGCAUUCGCUCGAUGGUGUGUCUCGCGAACCAACGCGAGAACACUACUCGCUCCUCAUGCUUCUGCUGGAGCUGGCAAACAACCCCAUGCAUCACCACUACCAACCAUCAGCCCAACCAGUGCACCUCACGACAGAGGAGACGCACGAGCCUGAGCCAUCGCCACUCGAAGGCCUUCAACUCUACAUCAACGGAACGCGACCAAUCGAGUCACAACCAACCAUCCCGGAGCUUGAGGAAAUGACCGAUGAGAGCGACAGUGAUGAAGAGCAACAGCAUGAACAGGAACCAAGCCAACGCAGCCGUCACGCAGGAGAAACAAGGGCACGGGACGAGACAGCUACGGAGCAACGUGAGUCCUUGUCGCUUAGCGGCCACACCACAGUGGACACCAUCCAGAAGCAGCACGAGCACGAACAAUCGCAGGAUGAGGAUGAGGGCGUGGACCAAUGGGAUAUGGACAUUGACCUGGCCGUGUUUACGGAGUUUGCGCAUGCUGCAGCGAGACGACGCAUGGCAGAGACGAAAGCGAGCGAGAGCCCCGGGGCAGUCGAGCGACGGGUCGUGAUGGACAUUUGUGCAGCCAUGCAGGGGUGCACGCGCGUGACCGUGCUUGAGUACAACCGAGAGACAGACACGUUCCACCUUCCGCACACGCUGCCGCCGCUUCCCACCAUCUCUGCGGCUGCGACUCGGCGGCUGCUGGGGCGACUGCUCCACACCACCAAUGCAAUCCACGCCCUCCGCCGCAUCUGCGCCGCCCCUCCAGCGUUUGAUGAGUCGCCAGUUGCGAGCGCAAUUGCAAACGCCGCCAGCACCAUCGUCGCCCACUGGCACGCAGCUGUCACAGACAUCUCGCAACGGUGCAUGACCCUGCUUGCUGUGUCUACCGCUGUUCGGCAAACGUCACGCGGGCUUCUUGACCUCUCCCGUCUCGUCGUCGGACUCCGACAGCAGCACUGGGUGACGUCGCUAAACAUGCUUGACAGGCUUGCUGGUGCGUGGACGCGUGUGCGGGGCCCAUUGCACCACCAGCGGUUAUCACACUCCUCCGCAUCGCCAGCAGCGACGGCCCUGCUCAACGCAAUCCCCUUUGUCUACGCCGAGGCGUGUCGGCCGGUGCUUGCGAGUGCGUAUCUGUGGCUGCUGCGCGGCCAGGCGCUGUCGUGCCUUCCUAUCCGCAUCGCAACCGACACCAACACAUCAUCAUCAUCGUCGUCGUCAAAGCUCAGGUCCGGCCGUCGCGUUACACUUGCGCAGUUGGCGGCUGAGCAGAAUCAGCGCCACCACUGCGACGGUACCGGCACAUUGACUUCGUCUUCUUCAUCAUCACCAGCAUUGUCAUCAUCGUCGUCACCAUUCACCCCAACCGAGUCCUCCCAUGUUUCUUCGUCGCGAAUUGCGUUCGAGCUGGACGGUGAAACGUUUUGGCGGCAGGACGUGCAGCUGGCUGACAACGUGCCAGCGCUGCUUGCCGACUGUGCGGCGAUGUUGGUUGAGGCUGGGAAAGCGACGCUGCUGCUGAUGAAACUCCACGAAUGGCGCGCACUGACGCAACUCAGUAGACACCCAGACCUGCAGCUGCUUCGAUCUCUUGGCGAAGCGCUGCCUGUUGAUCACCAAUCGUCCGCACCACCACCGUCGUCAUCAUCGCGAGAUGGCGGAGAUGGUGGCGGUGGUCCUGAUGACGAGGAUGAUGAUGAACGCCACGACCUCGUCUGGCGGGCUGUUGCGAUGGCGUCUGGCGCUGUGGGGCGCAAAACCGCGCACGAAGGUCUUCACCGGUCGUCCCCAACACAUGUGCAGAGCGUGUUCUUCUUCCAACAGCUGCUCCACCGCUGCGUCCUCUAUGCGCACAGGAUGACCAACACGGCCCUGCUCGCGUGUUUCCGCGAACGACUUCAUCUCAACAAACAUUUGCAUGCGUUGCGCGACUUCUUCCUCAUGUACAAGGGCGACCUUGCGCUGCAGUGGGUUGACAUUGUCACACAACACCUCUCGCGUGGUGGAAAUGCGAAUCUGUGCACGCUGGACUUGGAAGACGCGUGUGCCGUCCACGCGCCGUUCCUCAACGCUAGACUGAAUGUGUCUUUUCUCGAGCCGACGAAUGAGAACGCAUUAAGUGGUGUCCACAUCGAGUACAAGGUCGACCCCGUGCUGACGAUGCUGAUCACGCCGGCGCACAUGAAGGAAUACAACGCCAUUCACCAGACGCUGCUGCUGCUCAAGCAGGCCAGGUGGACCUUGGAGAACCUCUCCUUCCGACGAGACUUUGAGAUGGGCGCGGUGUCGCACGGGUGCAUGAUUGUGCGGGCGCGGCUGCUGUAUUUCGUGCGCGUUCUUGACGAGUACACCAUGCAUCGAGCCCUCGCUGAGCCGAGCAAGACCGCCGAUCAGCAGCUCAUGCGCGCAAACACCAUCGAAGACAUCCAUCGCAUCCACUCCACCUUCGUCGCCACCGUCAAGCGGCGCGUCCUGCUGCCAGGGACGCUGCAAUUGUAUGUGUUGAACCUCCUCAACGCUGCCCUCAAGUUUGGUCUCAUUUGCCGCGCCAAGAUCGACAGGUUAUCUGAGCUGCAGCGCGCUGAGAUGGACAGCUAUCGCGCCGUCAAAGCGCUCGUCAAAGUCCUCGAGUCUGCCGACGCCCGCCGCUUCCCGCACGUGUCUGCGCUCGGCGCGCAGCUGUCUGGUGGCGACCAGUGGCGGUCAAAGUUCCAACGCGUGCUGUGA